UAAAAAUGAAAAGGCGUCGGCUGUGGGGGUCGGUGCGGAGAUCCAGUCAUGAAGUCGGGGUAGAGACUUCUGCAGCGACGCGGCUGGCGUGCCUGUUUGUGUGGCGGGGUCAGCUUCCAGGUGAUUCUGCAGCGAGAUGCUGCUCUCCAUAGGGAUGCUCAUGCUCUCGGCCACGCAAGUCUACACCAUCCUGACUGUCCAGCUCUUUGCAUUCUUAAACCUCCUGCCUGUAGAAGCAGACAUUUUAGCAUUAUAUAAUUUUGAAAACGCAUCUCAGACAUUUGAUGACCUUCCAGCAAGGUUUGGUUAUAGACUUCCAGCUGAAGGUUUAAAGGGAUUUCUGAUUAACUCGAAACCGGAGAACGCCUGUGAGCCGAUCGUGCCUCCGCCAGGAAGAGAUAACUCAUCUGGCGCCUUCAUCGUGUUAAUUAGAAGACUUGAUUGUAAUUUUGAUGAAAAGGUUUUAAAUGCACAGAGAGCAGGCUACAAAGCAGCCAUAGUCCACAAUGUUGACUCCGAUGACCUCAUUAGCAUGGGAUCCAACGACAUUGAGGUACUAAAGAAAAUUGACAUUCCAUCUGUCUUUAUUGGUGAAUCAUCAGCUAAUUCCCUGAAAGACGAAUUCACAUAUGAAAAAGGGGGCCACAUUAUCUUAGUUCCAGAAUUUAGCCUUCCUCUGGAAUACUACCUAAUCCCCUUCCUUAUCAUAGUGGGCAUCUGUCUCAUCUUGAUAGUCAUUUUUAUGAUCACAAAAUUUGUCCAGGAUCGGCAUAGAGCUAGGAGAAACCGACUUCGUAAAGAUCAACUGAAGAAGCUCCCUGUACAUAAAUUCAAAAAGGGAGAUGAAUAUGAUGUAUGUGCCAUUUGUUUGGAUGAAUAUGAAGAUGGAGACAAACUCAGAAUCCUUCCCUGUUCCCAUGCUUAUCACUGCAAGUGUGUAGAUCCUUGGCUAACUAAGACCAAAAAAACCUGUCCAGUCUGCAAGCAAAAAGUCGUUCCUUCUCAAGGCGAUUCAGACUCUGACACGGAUAGCAGUCAAGAAGAAAAUGAAGUGUCGGAACACACCCCUUUACUCAGGCCUGUGGCUUCCGCCAGCACUCAGUCAUUCGGGGCCUUGUCGGAGUCCCACUCACAUCAGAACAUGACAGAGUCUUCAGACUACGAGGAGGACAACAACGAAGACCCCGAGAGCAGUGACGCAGAAAACGAAAUGAACGAACACACUGUUGUGGUCCAGCUGCAGCCUAAUGGCGACCGGGAUUACAACAUAGCAAAUACUGUCUGACCUCCAGAGGAUGCUGGGUUAUUUCCUUUUAAAAUGUUUCUUUAGGCAUAUAGUUUGAUUUUUUUUUUUUUUGCUCCCUUCAGAGAUUUCUGUAGAGAUAAUUUAUUUUUUAUUCUACAGGUUAAUCAAGAUUACUGAAACAGGUUUUUUUGAUCUGGUAUUUUAUCUGCAGGAGUGUACUUCAUUUCACUAAUAAUAGACUGGUGCUGUAACUCAAGCAUCAAAUUGACUCUUUUGGAAUGAAAUGUAGCCAAAACAUUAAAAAAAUCCCUCAGUAAAAUCCCUCAGUAUAGCUUGCAGUUAAGACCUAGAUCACAGGACGCACACGUCCCACGUUUUCACACACAGGGUCAGUGCUGUAGCCGCCGAGCAUGAGCCGACUCCCGUCUCCAUGAAGUCACCCAGAGCUGCUGGGCUGGGAUAUGCUUGCUCUGGUGUUUGCCCAGAUUGCCAUCAUUAGCGAGAGGCAACCAUCAGCACCACAGAGAAACUCAAAGCUUCUUCCUUUCUGUUGCCAAGCAGUCUUACCCUGAUAGGAACAGUCAGCACUCAGGCAGUUUGCAAAAGGUUUCUUUCUGUUUUUAAGGUUUUUAAUACUAUAGUGUCAUGUAUGAACUUGAUUUAUCAGCUGAAGCAACAUCUCUGACUUUACUUACUGAAUUUCAGUAUCCUUAAGGAUUCUGUGUGGUGAUCAAAACAUAAGCAAAAUGCUGUAUAAAAAUACCAAACUUCAGUAAUUGUUAAUAUUCAGAUCAUAUACCUCUUAAUAAGAGCAUCCUAUGCUUAUUAGCCCUGCUAAACUAUGUACAGAGGAAACUGUUCAAGUAUUGGAUUUGAAAACGUUGCUUAUGUCUAACAGAACUAAUGAUGUAUUUAAACAAUGUAUUAUGAAAAGCUAAAUUACACAUUAUUGUAACUAUGUAGAAAAUAUAGGCUUAUACAUAUAAUCAAAAUGCUAAGAAUUUUUAUAUGGCCUUGUAUGAAGGGAGUUUGAAUGUUAAUAAACACGUUUUCCACUUUCAAAAAAAAAA